AUGGAUCGUCCGUCACCUGCCAUCCCAUCCAUCACCUCGAACGGUGCACAUUCACCCUCCUCAUCCUCGUCACUCCAACCGAACCUCCCCCCCACACUCCCGCCUCAAGAACUGAUCGUCCUCUGCGGCCUCAUAGGAUCCGGCAAAUCGACCCUUUCCACCUCCCUCGUCCAGCUUCUUCCCCCAACCACCACACGUCGUCAAUGGGUCCGAGUGAACCAAGAUGAAUCGGGCGAUCGAAGGACGUGCGAAGCGAUUGCUCGUUCGGCGUUGGCGAGGGGGCAUAAUGUGUUGAUCGAUCGGCAGAACUUUGAUCGGGCGCAGAGAAAGGUUUGGGUGCAAUUAGCGAGGGAGUUCAAAGGGGUUAGAGUCGGGGCUUGGGUUAUGGGAACCAGUUUGGAGGUCAGUCGGCUCGAAUGGGAUCUCAGGUGGCGGUCGCUCUGCUGAUGUGGGGGGGUUCACGUCGUCGACUAGGAUUGCAAAUCACGUCUCAUGUACCGCCAAGAUCACCCGACGAUCAAAGAUGCCCAACUCGGUAUUCGGCUCUUGAACCAAUUUCUCAAACAAUGGCAAGAACCCCACCCCAACGAAGGCUUUGACAGCCUCAUGAUCCUCCGUCCUUUACCUCCCUCGAACGCCAUGACACCCGAACUACUCGAAUCCCUCCUUUCUCAACUUUGGACUUCAGCUGUUACCAACGGAAAACGACCAGUCAUGAAUGAUGGUACGUUCGGCCCUGCCCCGAUCGUCUCCCCUUGGAAUACCACGACUUCGUCGCCUUACAAACCUGGUCCGGGGAAAGGUCAGAUGAGCUUGGACUCGUUUGGGUUCGCGAGUCAGACACCACCGCCCCCGCCUCCGUUCCGCGGAUAG